CGAGUCUUCUGAGUGGGGCAAAGUAUGAAGACAAAAUCAUCAACAUGGAAGUCUAUUCCCCUUACUCUCGAUUGUCUUGCAUCUUUAUUUCUUUAAAGGGUUUUGUGGUGUUUGAGGACUUCAGUUUUCGGCUGCAAGGAAUCAAAACUCUACAGUUGACUUACAAAGAGGUAAGCGGGAAACUAGUUAUUUGUUAAAGGUUAACUUAAUGUACAUGUAUUUUUUAUUGAAUCCAAGAUUUGAAUCUACAGUGCGGUAAAUAUUAUCAUCCAUACAUCAACGUUCGGUCAACGUUUUGGAGAGCUCUUCUAUGAGUUUGUCGACUUUACCACCCAGAUAAAUCGAGGUACUCUCUAAUAUUUUUUUCUUCCUCCACUUCCAACUCUUUUAAAAAAAUGUUAUAUCUUUUGGAUAUGGAAAAAAAAAACAUUUUCUAGAAUGUCUUCGAAAUACAUUUAUUGUAUGGAAAAUGCAUGCUUAUGUCUAACCAUCCCAUCUUGCUUAAAUUAUUAGGAAAAUGCAUUCGAUUUUAGCAACCACGAAAUAAGAAAAAGGCUGAUAAGAUUGCAUCAAUUAAUGACAUUUCGUGGAAAAAUUGAUUAGCGGCAGGUGAAACUGCGUGAUUAAGUGGUUAGAAUUACUUAGACGUGUAAGUAUUAUACAUGAAUGAUAACUGAUUGGCGACAAAUGAGUCUACAUGAUUGUGAUAGAAUUACUUGAGCAUAUAAGUAUCGUAUUCGUACAUGAACGAUAUACUUUUUUUGUUUCACGGUGACCCACAAAAAAAUAUGGUUCUUGCAUUGUGUUUUUACCUAUAGAAAAAUAAGCCAAUGAGGGAGGAUUGGUGGUGGGAUUAGUAACAUUAAUUGUUGUGCUGGCUUGACUUGUUCUUAACGCGACCAAAUUGGUUAAAUAACAAAAACCUAAACCUGGCACCAUGUUGCUUGUUCCCUUGCCAUUUUUUCAACAUACAAAACAGCCUUCUCUCAUUGAUUCUUUGUUCAGGAAUCUGGAGAAAAAAUGAACAGUAAUUAUUGAUCACAACCUUGAAAACAAACAGGAAAUGACAACUAACUUAAUACUUGUUAAUUCCAGCGGCAAGCAUGUCCCAUGAUUUUAAAUUAUUAAUUAACAUAGGAAUUUGGGUUGGAAGAAGAGCAACGGCAGAGGAAAUCAUGGUACAUAUCAAGGAUAUGAUACUAUAUAAUAAUAAUUAAGCUGUCCAGCAUGUUAUUAGCGCCUCCUGAUCUGGACCUAGUCAAGUGACUGAUCAAAUGACUAAGAAAACAAGACUUAUUAGUUUAGGAGUUUGUGAGAGCUUUAGAUUGAAGAUUAGUCGUAGAACUGCUAGAAAGAGUUGUGGUCGAAGACUAGCGGUAACCAUGCAUCAUCAUUAAUGUAUGUUCUUAGUACUAUUUGUUGAUGGAUUUAUAGGUCUGUGAACAGAUUUUGCUUUUUGAUGAAAGUGUGCUGUACUACUUUUCCAAACUGAUAAAGUUUGUCUUCCACAAGAAUGAAGCAACAAAAUCGACCGUCAUUUGCUUGUGCUAAGAACACUAUAAGCGUACAAAUCAUGUAUUUCAUCGAAUAUUAGAAAUUUGUGAGACCAAACAACCAUUGAAAUUGUGCUUAAAGAAAAACCAGAAGGAAUGAGGAGGAAGAAGUCAAUGAUUCAAUGAGCCUGCCAUUCCCAGAUAUCUAUGGCUUUCCCCAGAUAGCAAAGAAAGAGCAUUAUGCAAUUGGCUAAGCCAUCGAUCAUUCUCGAUCGGAUUGAAUACAGUUUCUCUUGUCGGUAUAUCAAUGUUCUUCAAGCAGUGUACAUUGCUUUAUAUAUAGAUACAAAGUUCAUGUAUUAGGACUAGAAUUAUAGGAGUAGUAGUUGUCAGCAGUUAUUACCACUCACUCACCAUGCCAUCUUUUAUUCUAAUCUCAACCGGUACUCUCCUUAACAGCCAUGUUCUUCCCAUUUCCUUCAAUAUGGAGUAGAAGGACCCCAUUGUCUUAAAUGAAGCCCAGCAGCACAGUGAGAGAGGAAGAAGACAAUUGAUCUACCAGUCUCUCUCAACAGCAUCAUAUCAGGUAACUUGUUAUUACAAGCUAGAUAGGUACUGAUAGAUGUGUUUGUGCAGCUGCUAGCUACAGGUUGUACAGUAUCCCAAGCUCCCCUUUUCAAUCUGUCUACAACUGAAUUGACGAUCCGUGCCUGCUGAUAGAAGCUCAUACCAACUUUACUGCCAUGAUGAUCUUUCUUUUCCUCCUCUUCUCCUGCAUCACUUUCCACCUAUACAAACUCAUAUUCCAAAACAGAUCAUGCUGCUACUUGCUCCACUAUGAGUGCUACAAGGCCACCGAUGAUAGGAAAGUCGAUGCAGAAACCUGUGCCAAGAUCGUAAUGAGGAACAAGAACCUUGGACCGCAAGAACAAAGGUUAAUCCUCCAAACCAUGGUCAGGUCUGGCCUCGGCGAUGAAACGUACUGUCCAAGAAACAUCCUCGAGGGCAGGGAAGCUGCUCCAACACUCUCCGACUCCCUCUCCGAGAUCGAUGACAUCACCUUCGACACCUUGGAUGCCCUUUUCGCCAAAACCAAAAUCUCCCCAACUGACAUUGACAUCCUAGUGGUCAAUGUCUCUCUGUUUUCCCCUGCACCUUCUCUGACUUCCAGGGUUGUCAACACGUACAAGAUGAGAGAAGGCAUCAAGACGUUCAACAUUUCUGGGAUGGGGUGCAGUGCAACCAUUGUGGCCAUCGACUUGGUGCAGCAGCUGUUCAAAACCCACAACAAGGCUCUAGCCAUAGUGGUGAGCACAGAGUCACUCGGACCAAACUGGUACUGUGGGAAGGAGAGUUCCAUGCUUGUGGCCAGCUGCCUGUGCCGCUCCGGUGGGUGUUCAAUGCUGCUCACCAGCAAUGGGAGCUUCAAGGGGAAAUCAGUGAUGAAACUGAACCAAUUGGUCAGAACCCAUUUGGGAGCAGAUGAUGAUGCUUACAACUGCUGCAUCAAAACGGAAGAUAAGCUUGGACAUCAAGGCUUCCUCCUCACCAAGGGACUCUCUAGAGCUACUUCCAUAGCCUUCACAUUGAACCUCAAGGUUCUGAUCCCCAAGAUACUCCCAGGGAAGGAUCUCCUGCUCUAUGUCUUCCACUCUUAUAGUCGAAAUAGGGCGAAAGACAGUACGGUUGCUAUUCCUUCAUCGAUUGAAGAAGCGGGAGGAGGGAUUAGCCUGAAGGCAGGAAUUGAACACUUCUGCAUACACCCUGGUGUGAGGGCACUGAUUGAUGGGGUUGGGAAGAGCUUGGGGCUGGAUGACUAUGAUCUGGAGCCGUCUCGAAUGGCAUUGCACCGAUUUGGGAACACAGCGGCUGCUGGGGUUUGGUAUGUGUUGGGUUACAUGGAGGCCAAGAAGAGGCUGAAGAGAGGUGACAGGAUACUGAUGAUUGGGUAUGGUGCAGGUUUCAAGUGCAACAGCUGUGUGUGGGAGGUGACUAGGGAUUUGACAGGUGGGAAUGUUUGGGAAGACUGCAUUGAUUCAUACCCUCUUCCUACAGUCAAUGUGAGCCCUUUCCUGGGAAUGUUUGGUUAAUGAUACGAGGCUCUCGUUCCUGGCUUUCAACAAGGUCUGAAGGCUAUUCAGGAAUGGCGUCGAUUGAUUAACUGUGCCUUUUUUUAUGAGCAGGGUUUCAUUGUAUCUGGAGUUCAUGUAUUUCAUCCAGUACUGCAUAUCAAACAUAUCAAAGUUGCUUUCUAUUCUGGGUUCUAUUAUGUAUCGGCAUUUUCCAAGUGAUCAUGCUUAAAGUUAAACCAAUGUCACCAAUUAAGUUAUAUAGCUAAUAAUUCAUCAGAACUCAC